GAAGUCCUAACGUCCUAGCACUUUAAAAGGACCUAAUUCCUCAAACCACAGCAAGAGUGAAGUGGGGACCCUAAAGUCACUGGCAAACAUGAAAAUAAAGAGUGCUCCCCCGGACUUGCAUGGCCUCUACAAGCAUUUCCACAGUCCCCCACCUCUACCGGCCGUGACGUCACCCAUCCAAGAGCAGCCAGUGUUUGCCCGUUGGCAGGGUCAAGAGCGCAGGGAGGACCGAGAGAGGACGACCAAGGACCUUCUGCACCACGGCACCCGACACAGCUUUACCGUCCAUGUAACACCUCCCCCCGUCCGGCCUGCUGUGAACCAGCCACCCAUGGAAAUUCUCAAGGUGCAGUCCCACCUGGAGAAUCCCACCAAGUACCACAUCCAGCAUACUCAGAGGCAGCAGGUGAGGCAGUAUCUGUCCACCACCCUGGGUGGUAAAGCUGGCAACCAGUGCCCCAGCCAGCCCCCUGAGCACGGCAUGCCGCCUGGGCCCGCCAGCAGCGCCCCCAACAGUCCCAUGGCCCUGCUCACCCUCAGCUCUAACUGUGAAAAAGAAAUGGAUGAUGUCAUUGAUGAUAUUAUUAGCUUGGAGUCAAGUUAUAAUGAGGAUGUUCUCGGACUGAUGGAUCCCGGACUCCAAAUGAACAACCCGCUCCCUGUGUCUGGCAACCUUCUCGAUGUGUAUGGCAAUCAAGGACUUCCUCUCCCAGGGCUUGCCAUCAGCAAUUCCUGUCCACCCAACAUUAAAAGGGAAUACACAGCUCCUGGCAUGAAGCAAGUACUGGACAAGCCUGGAUCCUGUGGCCAGUAUGAAAACUAUCAAAGGCCAGAGGGCUUUCCAGUAGAGGCUGAAGUUCGUGCUCUUGCCAAAGAGAGACAAAAGAAGGACAACCACAAUUUAAUUGAACGACGACGGAGAUUCAAUAUCAAUGACCGCAUCAAAGAGCUGGGAACUUUGAUACCCAAGUCAAAUGACCCAGACAUGCGCUGGAAUAAGGGCACCAUUCUGAAAGCCUCAGUGGACUAUAUCAGAAAGCUACAGCGGGAGCAACAGAGAGCCAAGGAACUUGAAUGCAGACAGAGGAAGCUGGAACACGCAAACCGCCAUCUGAUGCUUCGUAUACAGGAGUUGGAAAUCCAGGCCCGGGCUCAUGGUCUUACAGUGGUGUCAUCCUCACCUGUCUGCACAUCAGAGUUGAUGGCCCGAGCUAUUAAACAGGAGCCCAUUCUCAGCGACUGUCCCUCAGAGCUCUACCAACAUGGCUCGGCUCCUGACAUGUCUCCUCCAACCACACUGGACCUCAACAAUGGCACCAUCACCUUUGACCAGAUGCCUGCAGACGCUGGGGACGCUGGCCCCUAUGGAAACUCCAGGACCUGUAAAAUGAAGGAGUUGGUGAGGGACAACACCCUGUCGCCAAUUUCCCCAAGUGAUCCCCUGCUGUCCUCCAUGUCCCCAGAUGGCUCCAACAAUGUAAGCAGCCACCACAGUUCCAGCUCGAGUAUGGAGGAGAAGGAGCAUGGCUGUUAGCAUUAUUCAGUGCCAUGAACCACGCUGACACUUUCAAUUUGCUAUCAGUGAGGCACCUAUAUUAAAGUGACUUAAAGGCAUCCACAUGACUAAAUGGAUAAAGAAGCUAAUUUCAUCUUGAUUCCUGUUUUUGCCCAUGUAUUGUAGUGACCUUACUGUGACCUUUCAUUCAUUACAGUUUCUCUGUUUUACAACGUUUUUAUGCAGUCAUAUAAUCUUGAUUUCACACAAAUGGACAGCUCAGAAUUACUUGACGAACAAAUACAAAGCAACUGAGAAAAGUGCCUUCAGUCUGCUGUAAUUAAAGACUCAAGAUUCAAGUUGAUGAUUUUACCGUUUUUAGCCUUUUUGAUUUUUGUCUUUUUAAAAUUUUUGAUCUAACUUACAUAUGUGAAAAUGUAUUGGUAAUAGUGCAAAAAGUGUUAUGCUCAAGUUUACUAAAAAAAAAAAAAAAAAGAUUUACUUUUUAUAGGCAGAAUGUAAAAUUACUGAAUCAGUCAAUCUAGCAGUGCUCUAAAUUCUGAUGACUUCACUGCAAGAAAAGCAUGUAAUUAGAUAUUUAGAUAUUAAAUUAUCAAGCACUGAGCAUCCUUCUAAACAUUUUAAAAUUUGUGCUAUUUUUGCCCCAUGCCCUUAAUGUAUUCUGAAGAAAUAACAAAUCAAACAUCAAGCAUUAAUAAGUAUUAUUAUUGUAUUACUGUAAAAUAUUAUUACUGUCAAAUAUUUAUUUUUUUUCCUUUUAUUCACAGAGAGCAAAGAUUUAUGAUACACUAUCACACUUUGUUUAUGAUAAAUGUCAAAUAAAAUUGAGAAAUAAAUGUUUUAUAUGCUAACAAAGGCUCACAGGAGCCUUUGACCCAAUGUAGCUGUUUUUUGUAGACAUGUAUCACUGAAUGAUUUCAACAUUAUCUUGCAUAACUCUGAGCUAAGUAAAUGUCCAUAUAUGCAGUGAGGAAUCUGUCAUUUUGAUGUCUGUACAGGGCUAUUUUUUAAUGUUUGUCAACUCUUGCUAACAUUGUAAAAGAAAACACCUGCUGAUGUGUGUAAAGCCUUUUUAUAAAACAACAACAAAAACUGUGUUUGGAGUGCAUGUGUGAACACUACACUAGAU